AUGGACAAAAUCACUCGAGAUGGCAUCGAUAACCAUCAUAAAGUACCCACCCCAGGAUUGAGCUUGUCAAUUGCUCCGUUGCUGAGCCCUACAACAACAUUUCCGGGGGCCCAACCCCCAUACUCGUGUUCCUCUUCCGCCACGCCUUCUAACAUGGGGACUUUCGAGUAUAUUUCACCUCCCUCAUCCAGACGGACAACUGUGGAUGAUAAAGCUUCUGCCCCACGUCAGUCGUUACCUUCGAUUCAGGAAGCCCUUGGAGGCGAUGGGACGAAGCCAUUCUCGGCAACCAUAGUACAUCCACUUUCAGCAACCUCACGAGUAGGCCAGCCAACGUUGUCUUUUGGUUCUGGACAAACCCUUCCUGAAGCACCCUCAGGUCCACCUAACCCCUUCUCCCAGGGCUCAGCAGCUGAUCAGACAUCGGAAAAUGAUCCCUACAUAUCUCACCCUGUCCAGCAUCAAACCCCUCAUGCAGAGCAGGACAGAAUCAAACCAAGGUUUCCGUCUAUCAACACCACAGAAGCCUUAGCCGCUUCCUCGCAUACAUAUCAGUCGAAGUCUCCGAAACCAAGAUCUGCUCAUCCAGUGCCCACCAAUUCAUACAACCAAUCACCUCACAUCAAGAAUUACAACCCUUCUGCUGACACAUCACCAACUCAUUAUCCGAGUUAUCGGUCUCCAUACGCUUACUCUGGAGGCUCUUCAAACCCUCCCCCUUCUACAUAUCCGUCUGCCCCCGAUUACAGUCGCUUCAACCCGGCUUUCAAGUUCGAUGACAGAAAGCAGUCUAUUCCAAGAAGCCAUCCCUCACAACCCUACAGCGAUUCUAUCAAGCGCCAUCUUGAUAUCUUUGACUUUGAGAUGGCACUUAACGAGGUUUCCGAGGGUUCUGGUCGAGCACUUGAGUUUUCGCGCAUUUGGAAACAACGGGCCCAUCAACGUCAAAGAUCAGUGCAGUUGCCUGAGAGUCUACCAAGUUUGUCAGAGCUUGAUGACUUGAUGCGCCAGUCUAGUCGAGUUGUUGAAGCAUUUAGCCGCAUUAAAGAAGCGGUCAUAGCGCAGCAGCAUGCUCUUGCUGAGGAGCAAGCUCGGGCUUUGAAGCGAGAACACUACGACGAUGAGUCGACUGGCUUUUCUGGAGAAUACAAAGAAAAUGGUGGUUUUGCAGCUGGAGACUCCAAGAAGAGAAGAGGCAAGGCCGCACCCCCUGGGAGGUGCCACAGUUGCAACCGAGCCGAGACACCAGAGUGGCGACGCGGACCUGAUGGUGCUCGCACCCUAUGCAAUGCAUGUGGCCUUCACUACGCCAAGCUUACUCGAAAGAUGGCCGUCAACAAAAAUGCUGCGCUUUCCGGUUCCAACCUUCGUCCCAAGAAUUCGGAAGCACACUCGACUUUGUAA